AUGAGCCUGAGGCUCCGCUGGGGAUUUUAUGGCGCGACUCUCGGACUUAUCGUCCUCCAAUCCAUAUCCGCGCUCAUGGCAGGGACAAGCGGGGAUAACCUCUCCUCGAAUAAGACUUCGGUGCGGGAUGGUUUCAUCGGGUAUCUCUGUGUUGAUGUGGUUGUGGAUUUUCGUGUUGUACGCACUACUUCCCAUUCAUUUGAUUUCAACACGGGGUUAACUGUUGGUUUCAUGGAUAGGAUAUCGUACCAUAAAAGACCGGAGUCGACCCAUUUCUUGACGAGGGCUUAUGUCCAUUUCAGCUCUUUCUGUUUUAUUGCGUUCAGUCAAUUGGUGUUUGGGAUUCUUCUCCUCGCCCAAAUCCACAAGGCGUGCCACAGAAAUUUCACCAAUUCAGUUACGAGGGGGUAUGCGUGUGCUACGCCGGCGCUUGCAGGAAGUUUGGGGUUGGCAAGUUGUAUUUUUGCAUUGGCAACGGCUCUGAUAAUAAAACGCGCUGCGGCGCCGUUCUCGGACGGGUUGAGAUCGAAUAUUGCUCACCUUGGUGUGCGGAGAGGUUGA